AUGAGGGUGCUCCUCCGGAUUCUAGCCGAAAAAAUUCAAGAAGGGAAGACUCGAGUAAUCCAUAGAUAUGAUAUUGUUCCUGUUGAAGACGUUGUGUCGGCGCUGAUAAAGCGUUCGCUAAGCUCUUUCGCGCCUUGCCACAUUGAGAAAGGGAAAUUACUGCAAGGCUGGAGACUGUGGUCCGUGCGGGCAGGCGCAAAAAAAGGGCAGUACAGCACCACCACCUCUAAUACCGGGGAAUACCAUGGGCGUAAGUUCGGUAUUCUUACCAGUUUCGCAAUUACGCUGUACGAGACCGUUUGUCGGUAUUGUCAGCUUACCGAACCAGGAAGCGUAACAGAGAGAGCUCGGCUAUUGCACUUACCCGUGGCGCGUUGUCCUGGCUGCUCACACAUCGUAUGCCCGAAUGGAACGACCAAAGGGUGUUACAACGCCAUGCAUUUGCCCCGGUUCAAACCCCGUAUUGAUUACCAAAGCGGCUCUUAG